AUGCUUGCUUUCUUCACCGUUUCCCUCAUUCCAGCUCUGGCUGCCGGUGCAUUAGUCGCUCGUGACAAUUCCACCACAGGUGGUGGCGCAGCCGGAAAUGCCGCAGCCAUUGCUAACGCUGCUGCCAAUCUACCAAAAUGUGCUGUCGCUUGCACAUUGAAAGUUGCCCCCCUUACCAAGUGCACUAACCCAGCCGACUUGGCCUGCUCUUGCACUGACCAAGACUUUGAAGCCCAAGUACUUGCCUGCUACAAAAAGGACUGUAACGCCACCGAACUUAACGCUACCGUCACCAUCGGAGCUGCUACUUGUGUAGCUGCUGGUCACCCUGUUGCUACCCCCGGUGUCACCAAUUCGACCGGAUCGUCAAACACCACAAGCUACGUCGGCACCGGCACUGGCACUGCUGCCCCCGCUCCUGGCGCCAACCCUCCUCCAACUUCUGACGCCAACACUCAAGUUCCCGUCUUUGGUGUUGCUCUCUUCAGCGCCGCAUUCUACGCGCUUGUUUCUUCUACCCUCGCUUAA